GGUAAUAGUGACAAUAUUAUAAACAAGACAUCGUUGCCAGUAAUGAUUGCAUCAAUUUGAGUCUUUCUCAUGCCAGUUGAAUAAAAUUGGUGAUGUCAUACGUAGCCUUAAACAUUCCUAGCAGCACUGCAAACGAGCAGCUGACUUAAAAUUAGAAAAAUAAAAAAAAAGCGAUAACUGGUGAUCAGGUGAUUGUUUUUAGCACGGUUUUGUCAGGAUUUAAGUUAUUACCAGCAAAAACCAACUAGAAGAUGUUUUUCAAUGAGCAAGUAGUGAAAGUAAAUUAUGUUGGAUGUUCUACGCGCAGCGAAAAUGGUGUAAUUGGACGAAAAGUGUCCUUCGUUCGAGGGUGAAUACGUGUAAACAAACAUAGGCAAGUUUGUCGUUCGUUUUGAAAAUUAGCACGGUUUGUGAAAUUUCGACUAACUACUUGUUAUCAAACUAUGAAAAUGUUAAGGUUACAGUGUUUUGAUGUCCCGUUAGCAAUUUGGUAGCGAUUAGUUGUAGGUAAGUGGAAUAUUUUGAGAAAUAAUGUGGACCAUCGGCAAAUGUGUAUGUAUGUGUGAGGAAGCCAUCUUCACUGCCAUGACAGAGAUUCCAUCCUAUAUGUCCUUAAGAAAAUUUGAUCUAAGAAUAAAACAUACCUAAAUGUGUAACAUUCUAAUUGACUCUUUAUAGAAAUUUUAAUGAGUUGUAGGAACUACAUGUAAUUAUGGUAAGAAUUUACGUAACCGAAGAUACAGUGGUAACUCAUACUGAUUCCCAACAAUCCCUUGAUCUGAUUCUCUUUAGAUGUCGAUAUAUAAAAACAGUUUUUAAAAUGGCUUGAGAUAAUGUCACAUAUGGAGAUUGAUGAUAAACCCUACAUCAAAAAAUCAACUCUGCACGUGAUCCAUCAGCGGCCCAUUAGUGUCCGAUCCAAUUAAGCUAAUAACCGAAUGGAUGUCAAACUUAGACUCUGUUACUGUGUUGCGAACCAUUGAAAGAGUAGGAUGUACAACGAUCACCUCUCCAACCAAUAUCCUUUAUAUUUAAAGGAUUUUUUCAUCAGGCCGGAAAAGGUAUCGUCUCCAACGGUUCCUCAUCGCAAGCAAUCAGCGUACAAUAUUCGAACCGGAAUCCGAAAUAUUUUCGCCGAAUAUUGCUCCAACAGUUCAGUUCAUGGAGUAAACUAUGGAACCCAUGACCGAACACCGUGGGAACGUUUCUGGUGGAUUUUGAUGCUCGGUCUGUCACUUUAUGGUUGUGUUGCUCUGAUUGGGAACAUCUACUACAAGUGGGAACACAAACCGGUCAUACUUAGCUUCAAUGAACAACCAAUUUCGGUUUGGGAGAUACCUUUUCCAGCCAUCACGAUAUGUCCGGAGUCCAAAUUUCGUCCUGAGGUUCUGAACUUCACGCUGCUGGUUGAUCAAAUCUUCGAGAAUGCUGCUGGUGAUAUGAGCGAUGACGAAAUCCAAACUAUGCUGAGUUUGCUGCAGGUUUGUGAUCGUAUGUACUCACAUGGACAAUACCAGCGGAUUCUUAAGAACUAUAAAUUGAAACAGGACAUUGUCCAAAAACUUCUAGAAAUAUGUCCGGGAAAGAGUAAAGACCUAAUAAUUCAGUGCCGGAUGAGUGUCUACCCAUGCGAAGACUCGUUCAGAGAAACCGUAACUGAUGAGGGUAUUUGUUACACCUACAAUCUCAUACCAGAGCGAGAGAUGUUUCGGAUAGAUCAUCUGCACAAUAACUACGACUACUACCAAAGUUUACAUCCUUACUCCAAUUGGUCGUUGGACGAGGGCUACAAACCAAAUUGCGAUCUGAGAACUUAUCCCAGUAGAGUCUACGGUUCUGGAUUUGAAGCUGGGCUCUACAUGCAACUACGGAUUCCCAAAAGCUACGAUGAGUAUCACUGCCGGGAAGCGCUGGGAUUCAAAGUUUUGCUACACUCUCCAGCGGAGUUCCCGGUUAUCUCCAGAAAGUUCAUUCGCUUAACAUACAACCACGAAGUAACUAUGGCUCUGAAGCCCCAAAUAACGUCCAUAUCCAGCAGUUUACGAAGCUACAGCCCCCUUCGAAGACAAUGCUUCUUCAGUCAUGAACGAAAAUUGGAAUUCUUCGCGGUCUACAAUCAGGCCAACUGUGAAUUCGAAUGUCUCACCAACCAUACCCUGAAGCUGUGCGGCUGCGUUCGCUUCUCGAUGCCUUACGCCAAAGGUACGAAGAUCUGCGACACUUCCCAGAUGGAAUGUGCCAUUCAAGCGGAAAAUGAAAUUCAACUUUUGGUGGCAACCGAAGGAAUAAAGAAAAAUAGUUCUACCAGUGAUCACUGCUACUGUCUGCCGGCGUGUAACUCAAUCGAGUAUGACUCGGAACUGACGCAAACAAAGUACGACCAUGCUCGAUCAUUCCAGUUGCGCUACAGGUCACAGGUUCCGGACGAUCUGCUCGAAAAAGUCGUCAACAACAACUUUGCCAAGUUGGCAAUAUAUUUCAAGCAAGCCCAGUACAUGACCAUGAAGCGAAGUGAACUGUUCGGCUGGACGGAUUUCAUUGCCAACUGCGGCGGAGUGUUGGGUCUCUGCAUGGGUGUCAGUCUGCUGAGUUUGGCCGAGUUGCUCUACUACUGUGCGGUAAGGCCCAUCCUGCUUAUUCGUGAUUUUAGGAAGCAUGACGGUGGAAAUGGAGUCAUGGCCGUUAAACCGACGGUGGGCUAGUGAGGAAUGAUUGCGUGAAUGAUGUAGGUGCAGUUGGUAAUUAGUGCAGUGUGGUGCAUUGCAUGGAAUAUAAAAAGCAAAUUUAUAGUCUAGCGUUACAAACUGCAGAAGUUGUUUGAAUUUUGCGCACAUUUCUGUCUACAAAUCAGUAUAAGGGGUGAGUAACAUUAGGUUUACAAGUAGUUAAAUAAAUGAUCUGAUUGAACAUCUGCAAGACAAAUGAAUCUUAACUCGUUAACGCCAAAGGUAUCUAACAAUUGGAAUUGA